AUGCAUUCACUGAGCCCGACUAUUUUUUGGAAGUGGAAGCGCAUUGCGAGGGAAUAUGCGACCCCAUGUGUGCUUAUGCAUUCCCGGGGGGAGGUGGGGCAGAAUAAAGGGUACAAGGUGAUGUAUGGGUACGCUGGGCCGAGGGGGGCGGUCAUUGAGGGUGUGGGGGUUGAGUUGGGGCAGAGGGUGGAUGCGGUUGUGAGGUAUGGGGAGGGGUGA